AUGGCGUCCGGGGCUCGUGAGCCCCGCGCUGGGGUUCCGCGAGUUUCCCGGGGAUGCAGUGGCCCUUUCCCAUCGAGCACCCAGUUCUGCUGCGAGGACCACCCCAGCCAGGGUUCGGGCCAGACCAAGGGGCCUCCAGUGGCGGAGGGUUCUGGCUCCCACCUGCCACGAAACGUGCUCAGCGAGAGGGAGCGCAGGAAGCGGAUCUCCUUGAGCUGUGAGCGCUUGCGGGCUCUGCUGCCCUGGUUUGAUGGCCGGCGGGAGGACAUGGCCUCGGUCCUGGAGAUGGCAGUGCAGUUCCUCCAGCUGGCAGGCACCCUGGUGCCUGGCUGGGAGCAGCAGGCUCUUCUCACUUCCUCCAAGGAGCCGUGGCUCGCGUGGCAGACGGAUGUCCUGCAGCUGGCCCUGGCGAGUCAGGCCCCAGCAGGUGCCCCGGACGCCGGCGCGGGAACAUCCAGUGUGAUGCAUCAGACCCCCCCGAGCUGCGCGGCCACGGGUGUGGAUGAAGAUGAGGCCCUGUCGGGGGUGGCCGACGUGCUGGACAGGCCGCUGGCCCCGCCUGAGUCCCCCGGCCUCGUCCCCCGGUCCCCAGGCCCGAGACCCCCCAAGGUCCUGAGGCCGUCCCCUCUGUGGCCGGUCCGCUCGCAGCAGCCCCCCUCCCCGCUGGUGAGUGAGGAGCCCCGGAGCUGCCUGGGCCAGGCUGGGCCCCCCGCUCAGGGGGCCGACAAGGCCCUGACGCUGGACUCCAGGUCUGUGUCAGGAUGUGAUGUGGCAGAUGGUGCGUCCUUUCUGCUGACACCUGGUCCCGACUGGUGGCUGGGGUCCCUGGAGGGCAGAGGCAGCGGCGCCCCUUCUCGGGUGGCCGCCAGGAGCAGCCCGCUGGACAGGCUCGAGCCGGGCUUCCUGGGAGACCCCGAGUCUGGCCCCCAGGAGGAGCCCCUGGACGGGUCCCUGGGGCCGUGGGGCUCGGAUGGGAGCUGCCCUAGCCCGGUCCUGCGGGACGAGGUGGACAGCAUCUUUCCUGACUUCUUCGCCUGCUGA